AUGGAAGCCCCCCGGGGCUGGCUGGUGAUCAGCGUGCUGGCCAUCUCCCUGGCCUCCUCCAUGACCCAGGACGUGUGCCGAGCCCCGGACGGGAUUGACGGGAAUGCAGGAAUACCUGGCCGACCCGGACGGCCAGGCCUCAAGGGGGAGCGAGGGGAGCCGGGGGCCCCUGCCAUCCAGACGGGCAUCCGUGGCCUUAAAGGAGACCAGGGCAACCCUGGACCACCUGGAAAUCCAGGCAGAAUGGGCUACCCAGGACCCGCUGGUCCCAUGGGGUCCCCUGGCCUCCCGGGGUUGAAGGGCACCAAAGGGAACCCCGGAAACAUCAAGGACCAGCCGCGGCCAGCCUUCUCGGCCGUGAGACCGAACCCUCUGACGAGAGACAACGUGGUCAUCUUCGGAGAGGUCAUCACCAACCAGGAGAAUGUGUACCAGAACAACACGGGCAGGUUCCACUGCUCUGUCCCAGGCUACUACUAUUUCACCUUCCAGGUGGUGUCCAAGUGGGACCUCUGCCUGUCCAUCAGGUCUUCUCGGAGGGGCCAGAUCCAGCCCUUGGGCUUCUGUGACUUCAACAGUAAGGGACUCUUGCAGGUGGUGUCUGGAAGCACGGUGCUGCAUCUCCAGCAGGGAGACCAGGUCUGGAUUGAAAAAGAUGCCAGUAAGGGCCGCAUUUACCACGGCCCAGAGGCCGAUAGCAUCUUCAGUGGCUUCCUCAUCUUCCCAUCCACUUGA